CCUGUGGGAUGAACUCUGUCCCACGCCACGUUGGAAAGAUGCAUCCACAAAAAAUGGCAUAUAAAGCAGUCCAGAUGCAGCUUUUGGAUCUAUCGAACACUGGACAUAAGCGCUCAUCAACAUGUCAGUUUACGUCAUCACUGGAGCAUCGAAAGGACUUGGGUUCGAAUUCCUCAAGCAAGUUUCUGUUGAUCCACAGAAUACAGUUAUUGGAUUAGUUCGUGACAAGGCUGCAACCGAGGAGAAAGUCGCGAAAGAGUUGGACGGUCGUCAGAACGUUCACAUCCUUCAUGGAGAUCUGUCAAGUUAUGCCAGCUUGAAAGCUGCUGCGAUGGAGACUACGAAGCUUCUCGGUGAUCGUGGUGUCGAUUAUCUCAUUUCCAACGGGGCGUAUGUACCAUCUUUUGACGCAUUUGAUGACGUUGGCGCGCUUGGUGACAAGAUCGAAGAGCUUGAGCAGGUUUUGGCAGAACUGAAUCAGACCAACAUCCUUGGUAGUAUGCAUCUCUUCAAUCUCUUUCUCCCUCUGGUGCAGAAGGGAAGGGUCAAGAAGGUCAUCUCCCUCUCCAGUGGCGUUGCGGACCUUGACCUCAUCAACGAUCUUGAGGUUGGGAACAGCGCGUUAUAUGCAGCGUUCAAAGCAGCUUUGAACGUCAUAGUUGCCAAGUACAACGCGCAGUACAAGAAAGAUGGUGUGCUCUUCGUAAGCAUCAGUCCUGGUGUUGUGGAUGUUGGCAAGUUUGAUCAACUGACACCAGCACAACUGCAAGGCCUUGGAGACUUUAUGGGCAAGAUUGUGGCAUACGCUCCUCAUUUCAAGGGACCGGCUACCGUAGAGGAUGCGGCCAGGGAGAACAUCGCGCUCUGGGAGAAGGUCAGCAUUGACAGUGGGUAUGGUGGUGCCUUUGUCUCGCACCUUGGAAACAAGCAAUGGAUAUAGGCCUAGCUUUAACAUCUGCGAUCAAAUGCCAGCGAUUACCGCCGUGUUUAGUGCGAGUAUUAAAUUGACUCCAAUGCGACCUCGGGAGGCUCUGGACAUCAUCCUUCCCCCGGACUUACACGCAGACAUCCAUUUGGAAUAGAGCUAAUAUGUUACUAUCUGUCUUGCAGAGCUUGG